CUCCUCCUCCAUCAGUAGGACGCUACUCCACCCUAUCCAGUGCGUUCAUCUCUCCGUCCGUUACUGUCCCACGAGUGGAGAGGAUUUCAGCACCGGGACAGAUCCACCACACAUCCGCCACCGUCUCAGGCAUCAUGGCGACAGAGUUCCACAACCUCCAGGAGCUGCGUCACAGUGCGUCUCUGGCCACCAAGGUCUUCAUUCAGAGAGACUACAGUGACAGCACCAUCUGCAAAUUCCAGACCAAGUUUCCCGCAGAGCUGGAGAGCAGGAUCGAGAGGAGCCUGUUUGAAGUAACGAUGAAGACGCUCAACUGCUACUAUGCAGAGGCUGAAAAGAUUGGCGGUCAGUCCUACCUGGAAGGCUGCCUGGCUUGUGCUACGGCCUACAUCAUCUUCCUGUGCAUGGAGACACGCUAUGAAAAGAUACUAAAAAAGAUCAGCAUGUAUAUUCAAGAGCAAAAUGAGAAGGUCUAUGCACCCAGAGGUUUGCUCCUCACAGACCCCAUCGAGAGAGGUAUGAGAGUGAUCGAAAUCUCCAUCUUCGAGGACAGUGGCUCCACCAGCUCCAGCUCUAGUGGAAGUUCUCCGACCAGUAGCACGGCUCAAUGACUGGAGGAGCAGCACCAGGGGUACGGGUACAGGGGGGUCUGUACGCUCCCCAAGAUCCGCAUGUUGAAACAUGAGAGCACCAGAUUUUAAAUACUGAGUGAGAGAGAGAGGAUACAGGUACUGCUCACUCACUCGCUUCUUCCAAACAACAAGCGCAAAGCCAGGAGCUUUAACUCACAAACACAACUUCCCCAUCUCAUUUAAUUUAACCUCCUCUGCAUUUCUAUUAAGUGACAGAUAUAAGUUGAUCAGACACCCUCAAUAAUGAAAUAAAGAGGGCUAGAAAUGAUUGGAGUGCUUUCUACAGAUUUCUCACUGUGCCUUAGCUCUGGAAAAUCAGGUUAAGAUGGUUUUGAAACAACAGGU